CAACCCACCUUCACAACAACAGCCAGCCAGUGCGCGCAAUCAACUGCAACAACAACCGCAUAAAACAACGACGACGACGAACGUGCACCGACAUGCUUGCGGCUGCGAGAAGAACAACACCCUCUGUUGCUGCUGCUGCUUGCAGGGGUUGUGCUCACCGCACCCAUGCGUCAGUGGCAGCAGCGUCGGCAGUGCAAGUGGAAGUGGUAUGCUGGGGCAGUGACGCAAGCAGCCACAGGAACCACACCCACAGCAGCAGCACUGCUGCGCGAUGGCAGCUUCCACUGCAACGCCAACGACAGCGACAACGUCGAUAUGCCUCGUGCUUGAGCACUGUUGUGGGCAGUAGCAGGCAUCAGCCGCGGUUGUGGAGGCAAGCAGCUCGUAGCGUGUCGACAUCAAGUGCAGCGGGCGUGCCAGAUGGCCACACGCCGUCCACACCAGCGAGAGGCCGCCGCUUUGCCACGGAGACGGCAACAUCCACCGACAAGGACGGUGAUCCCCGGAGCAGGAGCACGAGCAGCGGCAUCCUCUCGGACAUCACCGUGUACUCCAAGUAUGCGCGCUACCUGCCGAGCGAGUCCCGGCGCGAGGUGUGGAGCGAGAUUGUGGAGCGAAACAAGACCAUGCACCUGCAGAAGUUCCCGGACCUCCACGACGACAUCAUCUCGGCCUACGAGCUGGUGCACAACAAGCUGGUGCUGCCUUCCAUGCGCUCGUUGCAGUUUGCUGGCGGUGCUGUCGCCGUGAACAACGUGCGCAUGUUCAACUGCAGCUUCCUGCCCAUCACCACCACCAGCGCCUUUUCCGAGCUCAUGUUCUUGCUCCUCAGCGGCACCGGGGCUGGCUUCUCCGUGCAGCAGCAGCACAUCAGCCAGCUGCCCCGUGUGCGCCAACCGCACCGCGGCACCGUCGCCACCCACGCACACGUGCACAACAUCGACGACUCCAUUGAGGGCUGGGCCGACGCCGCCCGCGUGCUGCUCGACACGUACCUGCCAGAUGACGGGGUGCCGCGCGUGCCUGUCAAGUUUGACUACUCUGCCAUCCGCCCCAAAGGGUCGCCCAUCAUCACUGCUGGCGGGCGGGCGCCUGGACCCGAGCCGCUGCGGGAGGCGCUGGAGGCCUCGGAGGCCAUCCUCGCACGCGCGGCAGACAACACGCGCCUGUCACCGCUGGACGUGCAUGACAUUGUGUGCCACCUUGCCACCUGCGUUGCGUCUGGGGGCGUGCGGCGCUCGGCGCUCAUCUCGCUGUUCUCGCCCGAGGAUGCCGGCAUGGCUGCAGCCAAGAGCGGUGAGUGGUGGGAGCGCAACAGCCAGCGCGCCAUGGCCAACAACUCUGCCGUGCUUGACCGUGCACACGUGACGGAGGCGCAGUUUAUGGAGCUGUGGCAGCACGUGCGCGCGUCCAACAGCGGGGAGCCAGGCAUCUACCUCACCAACUCCACGGAGUGGGGCACCAACCCCUGCUGCGAGAUUGCGCUCGAGCCCUUCCAGUUCUGCAACCUGACGGAAAUGAAUGUGAGCGCGGUGUCGUCGCAGCAGGAGCUUGACACGCUUGCCCGGUGUGCAGCCUUCAUCGGCACGCUGCAGGCUUCGUACACGGACUUCCACUACCUGCGGCCGGAGUGGGCGGAGACGACGCGCCGCUCGUCCCUCCUCGGCGUCGGCAUGACCGGCAUUGCGAGCGGCGCCGUGAUGCGGCUUGAUCUCUCCCGCGCUGCGCAUGCCGCUGUCGACGAGAACGCGCGUGUGUCUGCGGCCAUUGGCAUCAGCACCGCCGAUCGCGUCACCACCGUCAAGCCUGCAGGCACCACGAGCCUCGUGCUGGGCACCAGCAGUGGCGUGCACCCGUGGCACGCCGAGCACUACAUCCGCCGCAUGCGCGUGAACAAGCAGGAGUCGCUGUAUCCGUAUCUGCUGGAGCGCUGCCCUGCGCUGAUCGAGGACGACGUCAUGAGCACAAACACAACCGCCGUCGUCUCGUUCCCGCAGCGCGCACCGCCAGGCGCCACCCUGCGCAGCGAAAGCGCCCUUCACUUGCUUGACCGCGUGCACCGCCUGCACGACACGUGGAUCCGUGGUGGCCACCGCCGCGGCGUCAACACCAACAACGUCUCAACAACCGUCUCUGUCCGCGAGCACGAGUGGGAUGGCGUUGGUGCGUGGAUGUGGCACAACCGUGAUGCCUACAACGGCCUGUGCGUGUUGCCGUACAGCGGGCACACGUACAAGCAGGCGCCCUUUGAGGAGUGCAGCAAGGCGACGUACGAUGAGCUGAUGACCCACAUCACCGCCAUUGACCUGCGGGAGGUGAAGGAGGACCAGGACGGCACCAGCUUGCAGCUCACGCUCGCGUGUGCGGGGCCGGACUCGUGCGAGCUCUAGCACACACACACACACACACUCUCUCUCUCUCUCACACACACACACACACACACACAC